AUGGAAAGUAAUUCACGCGCCAAGAGGUCCAGCCAGGGUUCGACUGAUACCUAUCCCAAGUUAUUAGGAGAUUUGAAUCGAACUGAAAUGGAGGCUCUUACCGAAAUCUUACAUCUAAACGCGACAAUCAAUCUUCACUCUAUCGCACAGGCACAGAAACUUAUCCAAGAUCUACCAAAACGGCUUCGGUAUAAGCGUUUAUCACUUUCAGGACUUGGAAUCAAGCCCAGUGGCCUAUGCGAACUACAUAAACCAAUGAACGCAGAUGUCCUUCAAGAUGCUCUGAGACUAGUUCAUCGAGAAGUGACGACAUGUUUCCGCCCCUUCGAUCAUUACCCAGAACAUGUUCACUCUCCAGAGGCUGAUCUCCUAGUCAAGUUACGAGGACUUAAAGGCAUGUGGACUAGGCCUGCUCCGUCCGGCCUUGUCGCUCAAUAUGGCGCUUGGGAAUACCAAAUCAACGCGUGUGCGGCGUGCAUGCUAUCCAGAGUCGCGGCGGAUGAGAAUGCGAUUGGUAACCUUCGAACGGCUUUAAUUAGCCGUACACGCACUGAUAAAAGACAUAAGCCACGCCGGCUCAUGUCAUUUGUUGAUGAAUGCAUUCGUCGCUACGACAUUGACAAAGCUGAGGCUAUAAUUAGCCUUGCUUCUAACUACGCAUAUGGGCUAAAAGAAGCUAGAAAAGCGUGUACAAAGGCUUCAAAUGACGUGCAUGGUGGUCUACGAUUUCGACAGGAAGAUACGGUCGAUCCUGUGCCUGGUUUCUCGAGACUAACUACUAAUGAGCAUCCUGUCCCCGAACGCAAUAUUGCACAGCCAACUCCGAGCAGCGAUAUCGAAUGGGCUGUUUCAUCAUUUCCUCGGACCUCGGGAUCACACUACUCUCGUGGCGUUGAGAUUCUGUUUUCAAAAAAUACUUCUGAAGAGUCGCCUCUAAUUGGAGAUAUGAUCUCACAAAUUGACGAUGCAAUAGAAGAGUCUUCGAUGUAUCAAUUUAUUUUUCAGUGUUUAUCUUCGGAGAGUGAUUAUGGUACUGACGAAGAUUCGUAA